CUUUUUCAGAUAAACAAUAAUGUCGCUGAAGCCUAAACGUGUCGACUUCUCGUCGACCUGGGCGGAUUUACAAGAUACAGUCAAGGGUGUAAUAACCCUGGGCAGUGUAGCCCGGGCAACCUGGAAUGACCGGUUUUCUGACGUGUACAGCUUGUGUGUAGCGCACCCUGACCCCCAGGCGGACAGACUAUACUCGGAAACUAAACAUUUCCUGGAGUCCCACGUCUCGCAGGAGCUGGCUAAGGUUCGGAAAGGCGGAGACAAAAAUCUUCUCGCGUCCUAUCAUCAAAGCUGGAAACAGUUCAGUCGAGGUAUUGAUUACUUGCAUAAACUCUACCUGUACCUUAACACACAACAUAUUAAAAAACAGAAAUUGAGUGACGCUGAGUUGACCUACGGGAGUUUGAGCGUCGAUGCAACUGAGCAGAUGAAGGAGAUUGGUGAACUAGGUUUACAUAUCUGGAAAACUCAGAUGAUAGAACCGCUAACGAAGGAUCUGGUUGGACAUCUGUUAGAGGGUAUAAAGUAUGAUCGGAGGGGUGGGGUGACCGGAGGCUCCCACUUCCAGUCCGACAGCACCAUCUACGGAGUUAUCCAGAGCUUUGUAUCCGUCGAGGAGUACAAGAAGAAGGGGAACCUCGACCUUUACGAGGAUAUUUUCGAGAAACCCUUUCUGCUCGCUACAGGAGAAUAUUACCGGGAAGAGGCUGCAAAAUUGUUACAGGAGGCCAGUAUCUCACAGUACAUGGAGAAGGUUAUUCAGAGGAUAGAGGCCGAGGAUGUUAGAUCCCGUAAGUUCCUUUAUCCGUCCUCGUAUCAGAAGGUUACAGGAGAGUGUGAGCAGAGGAUGGUUGGAGAUCAUCUAACAUAUCUUCACUCAGAAUGCAAACCUAUGGUGUCAGGAGAAAGACGAGGAGACCUGGCAAACUUGUAUAGAUUGCUUAAACCUAUUUAUAUUAAGGGGAAAGACGAGGAGACCUGGCAAACUUAUAUAGAUUGCUUAAACCUAUUUAUAUUAAGGAGAAAGACGAGGAGACCUGGCAAACUUGUAACUGGUCAGGGUGAGACAAUGCAUCUAGACUUUGUAGAGAAUAUGCUCAGGGUACAUAAUAAGUACAAGGAGCUUAUACAGGACGUGUUUCAAGGAGAUCAAGCUUUCGUCGGAGCCAUGGACCGUGCUUGUACUGCUGUUAUUAAUCAUAGGGAACCCAAAACACCGAGUAAAUCCCCGGAACUGCUCGCACGAUACUGUGAUUCGUUGCUCAAGAAAUCUAGCAAAGGAAUAUCUGAGAGUGAGAUUGAGGAGAAGUUAGCCUCUAGUAUCACCAUCUUCAAGUACCUGGACGACAAGGAUGUGUUCCAAAAAUUUUACGCCAGGUAAACUUGGAAUGGGGGAAUGAAUGUAUUAUUUAGAAUGUUUACUGAUAUACUCACGGCAGAAGAUCUUAAUGCAAAAUUCAGCACUUUUCUCAGUAAUGCAAGCACAGAAGUUGGACUCAGUUAUUUUAUCAGAGUUUUACAGCAGGGUGCCUGGCCGCUGUCCCACAACGGUUUAUCUCCUAUUGCAAUCCCUCUUCAAUUGGAGAAAACAGUGCAGAUGUUUGAAGCCUUCUACAGUAAACAGUUUUCUGGUCGUAAACUGACCUGGCUCCAUCACCUCUCUAACGGAGAUGUCAAGCUAGGAUAUACUUCUAAAACUUACAUCAUAAAUAUGACAACAACUCAGAUGGCUGUUCUACUGCUGUUUGAAAAGUCUGAUAGUCUCUCCUAUGAAGAUUUAAAGGAGACAACCAAACUAACAGAUGAUCAGUUUCCUAGGUAUGUUCAGUCCCUGCUUGAUGCUAAACUACUCCUAACCAGUACUGAGACCCUAGAACCUAGCUCCACUAUCUCCUUAAACCUCAAAUAUACAAACAAGAGAACCAAGUUUAAGAUUGCAGGAACAGUCCAGAAAGAAACUCCACAGGAGGUUGAAGCCACACAUCACGCGGUUGAAGAAGAUAGAAAGAUGUAUCUUCAGGCCGCAAUAGUUCGAAUCAUGAAGUCUAGGAAGGUUUUAAAGCACACGACACUGGUCCAGGAAGUGCUAAGUCAAAGCAAGGCUCGGUUUGCUCCGUCCAUCUCCAUUAUCAAGAAGUGUAUCGAGAUGCUCAUAGAUAAACAAUACAUUGAGAGAACUCAGAACUCAACAGACGAAUAUUCUUACGUUGCAUAAUCUACAUAUUCUCUAUACAAUGUACAUUAUACAACAUCCAUCUAUAUUCAAUUAAACCCAUUCAAUAUUCAACAUGUCAUCUUUCUAAACUUUUCCUUUAGAUAAAUAUGUUCAUAGGCGCAACCAAUCAUUGAAUAAUUAUCAAAACCUAAAUGUCACAUUAAAUUAAUAAAAUUAUUUCUUAAUCAUUACGUAAGUUUGGUAACUUGUAUUGCAUGGUAAAAUAAAAACAUCUUAUUGCACAAUGCAUAGCCUAGUGUCAUACUAUAACGAGUUGAUUAAGUCUCAAGUUGCGGCGAUAAACUUUUGUCUUUGGGCAGUAAAUGUGAUUCUAUUCCCUUGUGAUUAUUUGUAAUAACAAUAUCAUAUUCGAAUCCUUAAAAAUGUGAUCCUAAAACUAGAGAUAUUAAGAGAAUGUCAGUUGGACAAAUUUAAACCUGAAAAUGAAACAGAACUGGAUAAAUUUGCAAAAAUUGUAAUUUUCAUUGUUUUGUUCUGCUGUCUUUCUAGUUAGUUUCCCUUGCUCUAUUGUCAUCUUUAUCAUUAACAUGCCACGCCAACCGCAGAAUUUAACAGAUGGCCGCCUUAUUCCCGCUGAUAAACUAAGAAUUAUCUUAAAUACAGAGAAUUGUUAAAUAGAGGCAUGUAAGAAGUCCUGUGAUCUAUGUAAUAAUGUUAUAUAUUAGGGCUCAGUAACAUUGUGCUUAGUUCUCGAAUGCCUAGUUCACUAUGCCAAGUUCGUAAUGCAUAAUGACUAGACAACAUUGUGCCUAGAUAACACUAUGCCUAGAUAACAUUUUGCCUAGAUUUCUAAAUGCCUAGAUAACAUAAGAGCGAAUUGAAUGCCUAGACAUCAUGGUCUAAAUUUUAACGUUUACAUUUAUUGAAAGUCCUCAGUACCAUUAAGAAAAAAGAAAAAAUGCACAUUUUCAGAAAGUUCUUUGCGGAUUUUUGUUAUAAAUGUUCCCGAAUUGUAUUUUUUUCCUUUCUCUUUAAUAUUUUUAUAUCUUGUUGAAAUAAGUUGUCUAGACAUUCACUGCAAUCUUAUGUUAUCUAGGCAUUCAUGAAUCUAGACAUUGUGUUAUCUAGGCAUUCAUGAACCUAGACAUUGUGUUAUCUAGGCAUUAUGAAAUGUAGGCACAAUGUUGUCUAGGCAUUCACGGAAUAGGCAUUAUUGUAAUAUAAAUAAUAUUUAUAGAAAACCCUCUAAUUUUCUUUUUACUAUCGAGUAUCUAUCUGUCCGUUCCAGAAUAUGAUUUCCAAAGCUUUGUUGAACCAGAAUCAGAGAAAUAAAAUGAUAAAACUU